AUGAAAUGCUGGUCACAUUUUCCUCAGGGUGUAAACUUAAGCACAGACCAGCAGCAGAAAGUCAGUAUUGCCAGAGCCCUGUAUUCCAAUGCUGAUCUGUACUUGUUUGAUGAUCCUUUGCGUGAUGUCCAUCCCAAUGAUGGGAAACACAUUUUCAAAAGAGUUUUGUCCAGUAAUGGAAUCUUAAAAGAAAAGACGCGCAUCUUUGUAACCAGUGAGGUACAUUGGUUGCCUCUGGUAGAUUUGAUCAUCUACAUACAAGAGGGAAAUCUUGUAGAAAUGAGUUCUUACAAAGAGCUUAUGAAGAAAAAUGAAAAAUUUGCCAAGUUUAUAUUAUCCAAGUUGACAAAGGAACAAGAACUGAAUUCUGAAAUUGAAGAAGAUGCAGAAGGUCUAUAA